AUGGCGUCGACGGUGUGUGUUUCUCGGUGCCGUCUCUUAACUAAAAUAGAAAUAAAUCGUGGUCUGUGUUUAUCUCCUAUAUUUAGAGAUUUGUUUAAUAACAAAGAAUCGUGGUGCUGGAGAUGGCGGCCGGCGCGACGCGCGUUCUACACAAGUAUUUGCGCUCGUGGAUCAAAAUCAACACCCACAAAGAUUGAAGAGAAACUUGAUGGUAAGACUGUAUAA